CCGCGUGCACAGACGUCAAACAUGACGUCAGCUGACCGUUAGCAUCGUUAGCUUCGCAGCCGUUAGCUCCGUGUGAGUUGAACAGCUGUUAGAUGUAAACAAAGAAACAGCUGAGUGACUUCAGGUUCUGUUUUGGAUAUGACAGUCACUGAUGCUGCUGCCAUGCAGUCAGUGCUCGGCUCUGAACAUCAGAAGUCUCAAGAUUCUGGUCCCUCUGCGCCAUGUGCUCUUUGGCCAGUGGACCUCAAGUUAACCCACUUGGACUGGAACCCUGAAGCAACCCUGAUACACUUCCAGGGGCAAUACCUCACCAUAUGUGAGCUUGACUAUAACAUCUUGCAAACAGAAAUACAGAACGCACCAAAGACUGAAGCUGCAGUGGAAAUCGGAGAGUUUUGCCUUGUAGAGGAUUUGACUUCAGGUCGUUGGUACAGAGGAAGAGUUCAGAACCAAACAGAGGACUUGUUGGAUGUUUUCCUCAUAGAUCACGGUAAUGUCCUGAGUGUCGACACCGCCAACAUAUCUUCCUGUUCAAAUGACCUGUUCCUCCUGCCUCCCAAGAUAGUUUGCGGCUUUCUUGCAAAUGUAGUCCUGCUUCAGGGUUGUCCUCAUUCUGUAGUGGAGAAGUACUUCUCAAACCUGAUUGGAAGAGAUGCCACAGGUUACAUCCAAGCCCUCCUACCCCACAAAGUGCUCCUACUGGAAAUCCCUGACAUCAACAUGGACCUUGUUAAACAUGGGUUUGGGAGGCACGUGGACACAGAUACUUUCCUCCUGUUGGUUGAGAUGGUCACAGAGGUGCCGCUCAAACAGAACAUAGAGCCAGUUCCGGACUUACUCAUUGAAAAGCAAAGGGGACAAGAGUUUUGCUUCAAACCAUCUCGUUUGCAGGGAUACGAAGACAUUUUGUCACUCUGUGGGCCUAGGUUGAGUUGUGGGACACGUGCUAAAGUUCGUGUAACUGCUGCUGUCAACCCAGGGCUGUUUUACUGUCAGAUGACCAGCAUGGAAACAGAUCUUUGGGAAAUGUCAAAGAAGCUUGCUGCAGUUUGUGAGCAACGAGCCAAAGAGCGCAAUCACAAGACUCCAGAAAAUCUGGGUUUAUUGUGCGCCGUUAACAGCAAGGAUGAGAAAUGGUACAGAGGCUUUGUGCAGUUUCUCCCAGUCAACUCUCAAGUUAGAGUUUUCAUCAUCGACUAUGGGUUCUUUGAAUCCGUCAAAGUUGAGAACGUCCACAGGUUGCCGCCUGAUUUCGAUUCAGCACCGAUCAUGGCGUUCUCAUGCUCGCUCUUUUCCCUCAAUGACCAGGACGACGAGGUCAAAACUCAGCAGUUGAGUUUCCUCAAGGCAGGGUUGCUUGGAAGAGUGUUAGAUGUUGAGAUCAGAAGUUUUGACAAAGAAAAGAAUCUGUACUUCAUCACAGUAAUUGGUGCUGAAGAUAAUCACACAAAGGAACCAGAGCCCAUUCAGGAGCCUCCUAGAAUGAACGUUGAGCCAGUCUUUGAGAGAGAAACAAAAGAAAUGUCACCUCAGUGUGGCUAUUUGUACCACGAGACAAUCAUGGGUGAAGCAUUGGGUAGAACAUUGGAGUCAGAAGAGGUGCAAGUAGGCUCUGUUUUUGUGGGCUAUGUCGAGUAUGUUCAGAAUCCAAACCACUUCUGGAUGCGAACACAAAAACGCAACGAGGACUUUGAAGAAAUGAUGACACAAAUGACAGAUCACUUCAGUCAAGUGAGGCUGGAUGAAGAUGUAUUGUUGAAUCCUGCGCUUGGGACACUGUGCUGUGCGGUUUAUGAGGAAGACAUGCAUUUCUACAGGGGUGUAGUGACAGACACUCUUGACCAUGGAGCUGAAGUCCUUUUCGUCGAUUUCGGGAACAUUGAGAAAGUACCGCACAUGUUGAUCAAGAAGAUACCCGAGACAUUUGCCGGGAAACCGCCAUUCGCCUUCUGUUGUUCUCUUGUGAACAUUUUUCCUUCGGAUGGCAUCUGGACCAGCAACACCUCUGAUAUUUUCAGGAAGGCUGUAUCUAACAGACCCGUGCUCGUCCAUGUGGUCCAGAUGAGAAAAAACAAAUUUGUUGUUGAUCUCUUUGAGAUGGGAAGUGACAACAAUCAAAGUAUCACCGAGUUCCUGAUCUCUUCAAAAGAAGGGGAAUUCUGGAAAAAGAUGCAAAAAGACACCAUCGACGUGACUGGAAAAACAAAGACACACAUCAAUGGGAAUACAGAGCAAUGGGAUGAUUGUGGGAUGGAAGAUAAAACAUGCAAACAUGAAACUGAACAGGCCAAAGCCCCUGUUUACUUCAGAGGAUUUAGCAUCGAGCCUGGGUAUGAGUUGGCUGUGCGUUGCUCUUACAUUGUCUCGCCAUCAGAUUUCUGGUGCCAGUCUCUGGAUAAAGUUCCAGCUUUGGAGGAACUGAUGGACAAAGUUCAGCUGUAUUACUCAACUCACACAGUCGCCCUCCAAUCAGGGGAUUCAUGUUGUGUUGCCAAGUUGCCUAAAGAUGGAAGAUGGUACAGGGCUCUCAUCACAGAAAAACAGAACGGUCAUGCCAGAGUGUUGUUGGUCGACUACGGGAUUGUCAUCCAAAUCGAGGAGGACAACCUUCAGGCAAUACUGCCUGAACAUGUUUAUUUGGAAGGACAGGCCUUCAGGUGCAGCCUUUACAACUUGAUCGAACCUGCUGAUCCCAAGAACUGCGGGGAUUGGAGUGUGGCGGCAGGUGACUCGCUGAAAGAUUUUGUCCGUGACAGCACCUGUGAUCUAAGAUGUAAAAUUGUCUCUUGGGUUAUUGUGAAAAACAAAGGGCUGUGCAAUGCUGUGGACCUCUACAACACACAAACACAACAGAGCAUAAGAAACUUGCUCUUGGAACAGGGCCUGGCACAAGAAGUGACGGAUCCAACAAAUCAACCGUCAACAGUGGUUCCUGAGUCUUUUGUCUUCUCUUCAUAUGAUCAAAGUCCUGGAAAAGAGGAAGACGUCUACAUCACACAUGUUAGUAGUCACUGGGAGGUCUACUACCACCUUGAGAGAAACACAGACAUCAUCGAAGAGCUUGAAAAGAAAAUCUCAGAAGAAAGUAAGAAAAUGAUGCAAGCCAGUGUGAGACCUGUUGUGAAUAAUCUGUACCUAGCAAAAUACUUCGAUGGCAAAUGGUACAGAGGCUAUGCGCAUUCUCUUCCGUCGCCUCUGCAUCUCAGUGUGUUUUUUGUGGAUUAUGGAAACACAAACAUAUCUGAGAAAACCGAUGUCAUGUUGAUCCUCAGAGAGUCUGCCGAUUUGUUGUACACACCCAUACAGGCUGUGAGAUGUAGCCUUGCUUCGGUGUCUAAGGAAGGGCACUAUACAGAUGUCAAGGAAUGGCUUGAAGGUGCAAUCCUCAACAAGCAAGUGAGAGCCGUCAUAGUUGGAAAGAGUGACGAUGGUUCAUUUGAUGUUGAACUGUUUGAUGGAGAAGUCAACAUCAACGAGAAGGUUAAGGAGCUCAUUGUUAAUCAUUUACCUAAACCAAAGACAGUUUUGUGUUUUGACGCGAGCAGCACAAAGUCAACACGUAAAACUUCCAAAACCAAAAAUGCAAAGACGUGGACAGGUCAACAUGGAGGGCGUUCUUCAAAUGCUCCCUCAUCAAAUGGACGCGGUGGGAGACAAGUUGGUAGUACACUCCAGAAAAAGAAAGGAAACACCAAAAAGGUUCACGGUAAAGCUCAGAGCAAGGAUGCAAAUGUAAAAGAACAAAGUGAGCACCAUACAAAGAGCUGUGUCCCUCUGAAACCUCAAGUAAAACAACAAAGUGAGUACCACGAUACAAACACAAAGUCAGAACAGCCACAAUAUACAGAGAAAACGGACAACCCUCAGAUCACAUGUUUGCCUGACAUGAAAGUGACCGAAGGUUUCAGGGCGACGUGUUUCGUCUCCCACGUUGACUCGGUCAACAGUUUUUUCCUUCAACUGUCAGAGGAUGAACCGGCCAUCUUGAAACUGGUUGAAGAUCUCAACUCCGACAUCUCCAGAGAUUCCUUGAAGACUACCGCACCUUUAAGAGUCGAUGAUCUUGUUCUGGCUGAGUACGAGGAAGACGGCGCUCUGUAUCGUUCUGUUGUGAAGGACUGUGAAGGAAGUUCCGGUUUCAAAGUUGAGUUUGUGGAUUAUGGAAAUUCAGCAGUUACGGGGAAGGAAAAGCUCUACUGCAUACCAGAGGAGUAUCUCUCUCAGCCAAGACUGAGUAUAUCAUGCUCCCUUUGGGACUCAAGCACAUACAAAGAUUUUGAGUCUUUCAUCGAUGCUGUAAUGGAGAAGCCUCUCAUGGUCGAUUUUGUCCGUCAAUGUGGAACUCAUUGGAAAGUCAAGGUUGAGAUUCUUGAUGAAGCAGUUGGUCCAGCGCCACUUUUAGCUGCUGUUGAAAGCAGCACUGAAACCGAAACGCAAGAGGAGCCUCCUGCAAGUUCAUCUGAAACAGUAGAGAGCUCAUGUGAACAGAACUACCCGAGACAAGAAGUGAGCGAAAAUGAAACGACUAAAUCCGAAAGAAUGACGUGUUCUGUUGAAAACUUAGUGCUGGAACCACCACCUGCCAACCCAAAACCACCACCUACCAUACUGGAACCACCACUUAAAACACUGGAACCGCCACUUUUCAGACUGUCCAAACUGAAGGUAACAAACUACAAGUGCCAGAGACCACGUACCAGAAACAAGAGUACUUCUAAGAGGAAUCAAAGCAAAAUCAUGACAUCCUCUGUCAGAGCGAAGAGUGAUUGUGCACAUGGAAACAUACCACUGACUAUUCAAGCUAAAGACACAGAAAAUUGUAGAGUUCUGUCUGUACUCAGAAACGGCAAUUUUUACGUAAGACUAAACAGGACAGAUGAACAGCUUUCUGCAUUGGAAGAUCGCAUAAUUAACAACCUAUAUAUGUGCAAGGUGGUGGCUGAAGACGAUGUCAAACAAGGCCUGAAGUGCUUAGUUCAAGUACACGAGGACAAGCCGUGGCACAGGGCUGUUGUUGAAUACGUACACCAGGGAACAUGCUGGGUCUUCCUUGUGGAUCAUGCAACAAGAAAAGAAAUUCCAAGUCACUCAAUCAGACGACAGUGUAGCAACCUGACAAACAUCCCGAACCUUGCAGUUUUGUGCAAGGUGAACUGCUCGGGGCUCCGCGAGGAAGAGGGUGGUCACAAAUCAUUGUGUGAAACCAUGAACCCGAUGGUAGACAAAGAAGUCAAGCUGGUGUUUGUGUGCUACUCAGAAGCUGAUAAACUUUGGGAGGUUGAAAUAAUUAUGACUGAACAAUAUCUCAUUCAUCAUACCAAAACCUUACCGCAGCAGAAAGAAGAGACGAACCCAUCACCGUCUGAAAACGGAAGUGAGCCAGCAGAAGGAAAAUCAAGUCAACCUGAGCAACUUGGUUUUGCUCCUGUUGAUUUCGACAAAGCGUACUCUGGCUUUGCUGCUGCAGUGACGACUCCCUUCGAGUUCUGUGUUGUUCUGGAGGACUCGCUUCUCGUCAUGAACAAAGUGUCCAUAAUGUUGGAUGAUCUACCUGGGCAGAUCACUCCUCUUCCCGAAGCCCACCUGGUCCGGGGUGUCUGCUGCCUGUUGAAAUCGGACACCAAGAACAAGUGGUGCAGGGCAGAAAUCGCGGAGUCCGACACCACCGUGAUCCUAAACCUGGUAGAUUACGGCCACUAUGAAUGCAUGCCGUAUGAAGACCGCUUUAAGCUGAAGAGGAUUCCAGUGGAGAUGACGAACUUGCCAAAAGUGACGUUCCCCUGCGUCCUGAGAGGGGUGAAGCCAGACAUAGCGGACGGACAGUGGACCGAUGAGGCAGCGGUCUUCUUCCAGGAGUGUUUGUACCAGAAGAACCUGCAGAUCUUCUUCAGAGAGUUCGUGUCAAACACACACUGGGAAGUGGACGUCGUGGUUGAUGACGUGCAUGUUGCCAAGAAGCUGGUGGAUGCUGGACACGCGAGUUAUAUAGACGACAUGCUGGGGCUGAGGUUCCAGACGCAGAGCUCGUGUAAAGAAGAUGAAGUCUUAGACAAGAAGUCAGAUCAUCAUGUUGAUGAAGCAGACGGGAAGACGGCGCUCAGCGUUGUGUCUGAACCUAGACAAUGUUUCCUGAUGUGAAGGCUCGCAUGUUGUCGAGGAUCUGCUGCUGAUGAAUCCACGUCAGAUGUUUGUUGGAUGUUCUGAUCUCCAAAACAGUGAAGCCUUGAUGUCACUGUGUAAACUUCCCUGAAUUUAUUUAGUUUUCUUGACGUAGUUUGAGACGUUUUGUGACGUCGGCAGCACGUUAUGUUCUGAGAAAUCUGUUGAACAGUUAAAUAUUUGAUUUAAAUAAGUUUCCCUCUCAUGGCAGGUCGUUACAUGUGUCUGUUUUAAACAUGUAAAAUAAUUAGAAGUUGGACUUGCAGUGUUUGUUUUGAUGAGUUGAGCUAAAUAAGUUUUAAAUUCUAUAUUUUGUAGGAUAUUUUUCAAAAGGUCGACUUUGUUAACUUUGAGUUUUGUGACCUAUGAAAAGUUUGUUUUGAGCUUAUUACGUUUAACGUACGUUUGUGUUGAAUGCAAUGAAUCAUCUUCAGGUUAAAUUAAAUCUUUGUUGACACUCA